AGCAUUCUGGAUAAUUUAUUAUACAAUGAUUUUCAUUUUCCUUAUACUGAGUGUAUACUUACUGUAUCUCUAAGCACAAGCCCCUCCCCCCACAGAUCUGAUGUCACAUGACCAUGGUUAUUAUGACAUCAUAAUGGUGCUGCUGACACAAGCUGAUAUAAGAGCUGCUCACAGCUGGGACUGUCAGAUUAGUGACUGCAUGCGACCAUGAAGUCACUAGUUAUCACCCUGCUGAUAUUCAGUGGAUUUUUAAACGAAAACUAUAUCAAACAAGAUUACAAGGAAUAUUUUCAUAUAGAAGUUAAAGACUACAAUGUAUACAGUCCAGUUUGCCCUGUGACAGUUGAAAGUGACAGUUAUGUAGAGACCAGCAAUGCCCUGUUUGUACAGGAGAAACUCAAGCCCAUUGCUCUACUGAUCCCAGAAGAUAUAAAAUGUGAUGGCUUGCUGUGUCCCAUUCCUCCCAUAGAGAGAGAGCUCAAGAGACCAGAUCUAGAUCUGAGCAAUGUCACCAUUUGGGAUUUCCAGAGCGUUGUACCAUAUCUCCAGCUCCUCAUGACUCCUACUAACAAUAAAUCUGGUAUCAAGGAAGAACUUAUGGGCUUAUUGUCACCAAAAAAUUUAGUCAUUCUGCUGGACCUUUUGUGUCUCUAUUGGUACCACAAAAAGAGCUCGAAAAAGAAGAAAGAAGCUGUCUCUGCUGAGACAGAGAGCAAAGCGGAAACAAGUCUCAUUAUAAACCACCAAAGUGAUGAAGAAAAUGAGAAUGAGGAAGAACCAAGUCUCAUUAUAAACCACCAAAGUGAUGAAGAAAAUGAGAAUGAGAAAGAACCAAGUCUCAUUAUAAACCACGAAAGUGAUGAAGAAAAUGAGUAUGAGGAAGAACCAAGUCUCAUUAUAAACCACGAAAGUGAUGACGAAAACGAGGAAGAACCAAGUGAUGAAGAAAAUGAGGAUGAGGAAGAACCAAGUGAUGAAGAAAAUGAGGAUGAGGAAGAACCAAGUGAUGAAGAAAAUGAGGAUGAGGAAGUAGAACAUAUAAGAGAAAGCACAAUGAGUGGGCCUAGCGACUGUACUUAUUUCUUCCCAUAUGAGCACCAAGAAUCAAAGUCCAAAAAGAAACGUUUCGGCUUUAAUGUGAGAAAGAGUUUCUGUCCCUCUCCAAAUAAAACCAGGAAAAAUGAAACUAGUUACGGAAAAGAGAGGAAGAAAUUCAGCCGACUCUUCCUAAACUUUAUCCGCCAAAGCUUCCAAAGAGACACGUGAAGAGGAGACAUGUUUUACAAUCCUUAUGCUGAGAACAUUCAUUUAUUAACAGAAAGGAGCUCUGCAAAGAUGAAAAGGAGA